GUGUAAACAAGUCAGCAUUUAUAAGAGUUAGGUAGGAGAAUGGAGAACGACUAAACAGACCUUGUAUCAGUCGUUUUGGUAUUGUAGCAUUUAACAAGUGCCUUGAAUUAUUUAAAAUAGUAGCUAUUUUAAAUGCUGACUUGCGACAGUGUGCAAGAUUUGUGUGUGUAACCAUAUGUUUUUAAUUUUGUCGUAUUAUAAAGCUGAUGCGUGAAGUAAGCUCGGCGCUCGUUUAAAAGUUUUAUGGAAGAACAGGAAAAAGUAACUGGGUCAGAGAAAACUAAAAUUAGCAUAAAUUACAUCAUUGUCGCAAAAGCGCUGUUUCUAUAAGUUUCUCGAACUUCUUUACGGAAUUUCGAGAUGAGUAAAAAUGGAGCUCCGCCAUCGUAUAAUUACGGACCACCCCCAGCGGCACCCCCUAGUUAUGCACAGGCUGUUGGCGGAGUUCCACCGACCAGCCCUUACAUACCUCAUCAUUCAUUUCAAUCAGGACCAGAAAUACUGACAACUGUGGUACCCUUAGGACCUAAUGCAACACAUAUGAUAUGUCCACAUUGUCACGCAGAAAUUGAUACUACUACGAAAACGCAACCAGGCUUAAUAGCAUACAUUUCCGGACUUAUUAUUUGUUUAACAGGGUGUCCGUUUGGUUGUUGUUUAAUCCCAUGCUGUAUUGACAAAUGUAUGGACGUACAUCAUAGCUGCCCAAACUGUGACACUUAUUUAGGACGUUACAAAAGAUAAAACAGUGCAUCUUUUUUUAACAUUAAUCUUAUGCACAUUGCACAUUUAUUUUCAUAUAAAAAAGCAAUAUGGAUUUAAUAUUUCUUCUUUGUAGAAGAAAAUUAUAUUAAAUAUAAUAGAUUGUACAAGAUUAGGGACAAAUUCUUCCAACAGUGCUUCUGUACGUUUCUUCUUAUUUAUCAAGAAGUUGCCAUUUAUUCUAGCGUUUUUAAAAUGUGAUUAAAAUAUUUUUAUAACAGUGUACGGGAGGAGUUUCGAAGAUGGAGAAUUUUUUACAAUAUGGCUUUAAAUUUAAUGAUAUAUGCUUUUAUUUUAAUAUCUUGUAUAAUUCAUUCGCCUGCGAUAACUAAUGUUUAUUUAUUUAUUAUUGUAGUCUUUUGGCACCCACGAAAGCAGUAUUUUCGUUUUUUUUUUAAUAAGUGAAAAUUUGGUUUUUAGUUUAUUAAUAAAUAAUAUAGCAAUAUU